GAAGAGCAAUUAAGGUGGACUGACCCGUCUUCAUUAAUUUAGCCAUAACAAUACAGGAUGAACUCUUACUUAGAUUAUACCAUUUGUAACAGGGGGACUAACAUAUUCAAUGCCAAUGCCGGACACCACAAUUUAAACCAUGGAUACAGGUCCUCCUUAUCUUCCAAUUCAUGCUCAACAAGUGAUAGUUUUGUGUCCGAUGGGCGGUUAGUUGGUGGUUCUUCCGUGCACCAGACUUCGAGCCACCCUCUCCACCAGCCCCAGCUACAUCAUAUAGAUCUCCAGUUUGGCUCAACGGGAAACUCGGUGUAUGGCUCGCCAACAGGGCCCAACUUGGAUUAUGGACCUCAUCAAUACGCUCUAAUUCAUGAACAAGAACGAGGUUUCAUUCAGUCGCCUGGGAUUCCUGUGUCAGCCAUUGGAACGAACAUGCCCCCCCUGGCCGAAGGGAACAGUGAGCCCCUGGCCGAAGGGAACAGUGAGCCAGGGUCUGCACCAAGCAGCCAGUAUCUGCACUGUUGCAGUGGAGAACAGGGGCAACCAGAAUACUUGGAGAGUAUUUACUCGAGAUUAGUUCCUUUCCAAUAUAGUGAUAAGGAUUCGGAUGAUUUCAAUGCAGAUUUAACUUCAAAAACUUUCGACUGGAUGAAAGUUAAGAGGAAUCCCCCUAAAACAGUUUCAGAGUAUGGAGUCCCCGGUCAACAGAAUGUAAUCCGUACCAACUUCAACACAAAGCAGCUGACAGAGCUCGAGAAGGAGUUCCAUUUCAACAAGUACCUGACCAGGGCCCGGCGAGUGGAAGUUGCCGCUAUUCUCGAGCUCAACGAAACUCAAGUGAAAAUUUGGUUCCAAAACCGCAGGAUGAAGCAGAAAAAGCGUGAGAAAGCAGGAACCGUCUUUCGAAACACAGCAGUACCGGCAAAUGAUUUGGGAGAGAUCACCUCAUCUCCUGAUGUGUUGCCAAGCUCGAAGACCGCAUAAAGCAAUCGUUUUACAAAUAACAUUUGAAUUACCGCACUCAUGGUGCUGCACUUUACUUGUCACAUGUUCAAGGAUACUGCAGGUUUACAGGGUUUAGGUGCACUAAUUUCUGCAAACAAUUUAGUUUCAUGUUUGCACUAUUUACGGGUAUUUUCUACAAAUACAUUUAGAUAAUUAUGUGAGAAGUUAGAAAUAAAAUGUUUGUUUUGAAAAGUCUGUAUUUGUGCUGAUUUGUACAUUUUGUGAGUGAAUGAAAUGUUCCCAUACAGUAGGCUAUAAAGUAUUUAUUGAAUGUGACAAUAAGGAUAUGUUGUAAGAAAAUCUAAAUCUUUGGAACUAAUUGAAUUCUUCUUCGAUGUUCUUUCUACGCAAAUAGUAUUUUGGAAGUCAACAUUGUUUAACUGUUGUUGAAACUGUUUUAAAUCUGCCUACUCAUGAAAU